ACAUCAGAAUAUUCCCCCCACCAGUCCCACAAACUCUCGUUUUCCUGUGGUUUACGUAUCCAAAACCUCUCAAUCAAGCUCGCCGGAACCUCACGACGCGGCGGAGGCGCUUCGAACGCAAAAAUGGCGGAUUCCGCCGCCGGAAGCUACGCUGCAGCACUGGCAGAAGGAGCCGUUGCAAACGGAACGCUAGAAGCAACUCUCAAAGACCUAGAUCUGGUCGAUAAACUAUUUUCCAAUGCAACAAACUUCAACAACUUCACGAACCCUAUCGUAAGCCUGGAAGACAAACACGCACUCAUCAAUGACAUCACUGCGUCAGGUAAGCUUCAGAUUCACGUCUGCAACUUCCUCAACAUAUUAAUCGAGAGCAAACAGAUAGAUCUGUUUAAGGAGAUUGUUAAGGAGUUUGAACUUGUUUACAACAAAUUAACUGAAACUGAACUUGCUGUUGUAUCGUCGGUUGUGAAGCUUGAAGAACAGCAUCAAGCUCAGAUUGCGAAACAGGUGCAGAAACUCACUGGAGCGAAGAAUGUUCGAGUGAAAACGAUUAUUGAUGAAUAG